AUGGGAGACGGCCCCCUGCGGGAGUGGCUCCUGUCGCCUCCGCCGCGCAGCGCGCCGCCGCCGCUGUCCGGGCGUGAGACGAUAUGCGAAGGAGCCUCACCUCCCGCCGAGUCUGCGGGAGGCGGGCAUGCAGAGUUCGCGCGCCGCGAGUUCUUCGGUACACCUGCGGCGCGUCAGCGCGUGUUGGAGCACCGCAAGCGCCGCGCGAAGAGUUUCUACGGGAACCGAACGAUUGGCGAGUUUGGCAGCUUCGUGUACCUUGUCAACCAGAUCUUCGGCGCGAGCCUCGUUGCCAUUCCCUACGUCUUCAAGGCGAGUGGAUACGUUCCCUGCCUCCUGAGCAACGCGUUCACGUGUGUCGUCGCGGCCUUCGCGGCGCUGAUGCUCAUGCGUGCCAUGACCAUGAUCAAAGGAAACUACGCCUUUCAACAGCGAGUCGAAUACGCCGCGUGCGUCGCCUACUUCCUCGGAAAGAAGCGCGCAGGCCUCGUUCAGGUUUCCUUCUACUUCGCCAUGCAGGCCAUGAACGUGGCGAGCAUCGUCGUCGUGAGCCAAGCCAUCGACCAGCUCCUCAUUCUUUUCGGUGGCUACACUGCAGUUCGCGUCGUCCUUUUUGUCCGCGCAGGCCUACAAGUUCACCCUACACUGUGCUUUCGCCUCUACGACGCAGGAGACUACGCGCUCUACUCCGGCGUGGAGAUUCCCUCGGCGAGUGGCGUGGGUUCUUCGGCGAGUGCGGAUUCGACGUUUUUGUUAUCGGCGUCGUCUCUGCUUUCCGCGCUGUCCCCUGCGUCGUCGUCGGCGGCUUUCUCUCCCUCCCCGCCGGUCCCCGCGCCUGCGCCGCUGUAUCUCUCGAUUACCCUCGGCUACAUCAUCUGCGCCUGCAUCUGUAUUCCGCUCUCCACGUGCUCCAUGGAAGAAAACAUGACCGUGCAGUACGUGUCUUUCACGUUCCUUCUCGUCUCCAUCUUCGCCAUGUCCUGCUCUGCGGCUGUCAAGCUCUCUGGGCCUUCUCUCUCCCCCUCCCUGUCUGCCUCCGUGUCGCCUCUCCCGCCUCCCUCUCCGCUCUCUCCUUUCGUGUCGCCGCCCUUUCUGAGGGAGGGGACUCCGCCUCCAGCGGCGCCGCCUUUUCCGUCCGCUGCGGUGCCCCUGUCUCCUCGCCCUUCAGCCGGACUCGUGAACGACGACGCGCGCGGAUUCGCAGCCGAGGAAGGGCCUCUGGAGACCUUCGCGGCUGCAGACCGGCUGCCUGAUGCAGGCGACGAAGAAGGCUUCGCUGGCACAGUCAACCUAUCAGAACUCCUACAGAAAAGCGACGACCCUCUCUCCCCUUCCUUCUCUCCAACUUUGUCAACCUCUCCAUCUUCUUCACCUCCUCGUUCUUCUUCUCCUUCUCCUUCGCUUUCUGCGGCUGCCUCUCCUCCUUCGUCUGCGGCCUCGUCGGGCAUGGGUUCGCCUCCUGAGGCGUCGCCCGCUCUCUCUCCCGCUGUGUCUCCUCCCCGUUUGAGGGCCUCGCAGAGCCCGCAGGGGGCUCCUUCGUCUUCCUUUUCUUCUGCGUCUCCGCCCGACGCCGAGCGCGAGCUCGGGGAUUCCCUCCCGUCGUUGCUGACUGCGGCGCUGGUGCACCUGCUGCCUCGCGCGGAGGAGAGCCGCGAGGCGACGGUGCGGGUGGCAGGGGCGCAGGAGACCGGCGGCGCAGCUGCGACAGCAGGCGCCACGCUGAGCCAAGUAGGCGCGGGCCUUGCAGAGGCGAGCGAGCACACGCGCCUCCCCUCGCCGUUCGGAGAGAAAAAGUUCGGGCAGCUCUUCUCCAGCUUCGUCGCCGGCUACUCCUACGUCACAGUAGUCCCCUGCUGGGCGAACGAAAUGACUGCAGAAGUCAGAGUGGAACGGGCAGUGUGGGUGAGCAGCGCCUUCUGCUGUCUCAUUUACUUCUUCUUCGGUCUUUUGCUCGCGGCGGCGUACCCGAAUCUCAACUCUGAUAACGUCCUCCAGGAGAUGCUGAGCGAUCCCUCGACGCCGCUCUUUGCCCACGUCGCCAUCUACAUCUUUGAUUUGUUCACGAUUCUGCCAGGCAUCCUGGUCUACUGCAUCGCCACGCGAUACAACCUCGUCAACAGCGGUUUUUGCACGCGGCGCAACGCCUUCUGGAUCGGAGUCGCUGCGCCCUUUGCCGUCUCCUGGCUUCUCAUGAACAACACCUACUUCUCAGGGCUGCUCACGUGGUCGUCUCUCUUCUUCUCGCUCAUGUGCAACUUCAUCGCGCCGAUAGGCGUGUACAUCCUCGCCUGCACGAAGCUGCCGCCCCUUCAGCGGAACCUCCAGGGCAAAAGAGGCAAAGUCCUCUUCAAUCCGCGCGUUCGCCGGAACGUCCAGGGCGCAGGGGGGUCGGCGGCGAGCGCCGAUCAGGUGCGGCUGUCGCUGCUGCAGUGGCUGCGAUCGACGCUGCAGGAGGAAGCGAAGACAGGUGACCUAGAUCCUCAUCUUUUGCAUCUUCUUCUAUCCCCGUCGACCGUCCCUGGGCUCGCGGUCUCGGAUCUCCCCGCCCCUCCCCCCGCAGUCCUCGACGAGCGCAUGCACUUCCCGCCCGUGCCGGAGACCUUUCCAGAGGCGUCGUUCGAGGGCGGUCGCCACUCAGACUCUCUCCUCUCCUCGCACCCGCGCAGCGCGUGGCUGGCGGAGGAAGCCGCGACGGCCGCGGUCGCGGCGGCGGCGCUGCAGAUGCGGGGCGGCGGCGGCCUCCCGACGCUCGGUUACGGAUACGCGCGCAGCCAGCGCCUGGGGGCCUCUCGCCUUCAUUCGCUGUCUCCGCCGGACAGCGAAGAGACGCUUCCGUUUCUGUUUACCUGUGGGGUGAGCACGCCGCGCGACUGUCGGUCGACGCUGUCCUCGGCGUUUAUGAGCGGCCGCAGCACGCCGGGCUCGUUUCCGCGAAACCCUUCGUUCUCGCCGCCGUUCUCGCCUCCGUUCUCGCACGUCUCUCCGGCUUGUGCCCCGCGCGGAGCCAUGCGAAAGUUCUCCUCGCUGUCCCUCGCACUCUCGUCGCCCCAGCGGUCGCCACCGCUGCUGGCGCUCGGCUCAGCGCCGGUCGUGCCCGCGGUCGUGCGGCUGGAGCGGCGUCGCGACGAGACACACAGCGAGCGACUCGAGGAAGGGCUCGAUGCCGAAGAAGAAGCAGACGUGCUCGCGCUGCUGCCUGAGAGGUUGCCCUCGGGCGCGCUGGGAGGCGCGGCGCUUAUGGGUCGCAACAGGAGCCGCAGGCUCGGAUUCAGAGAUCCGGAUGGGGUGAGAGCGAAGCCGGUCUACCGGCGCGCGUGGUCCCUGCCCCCGCCCUCUCCCCAGAGACAGCUCGCGCGCCGCGCGUCAGCAGAGGGACGCGCGAUUCUCGAGGAAGUCGACCUGCGCCUGCGACGCCACCUCGCCGCCCAGCAAGCGGCCGCAGAGGCGGGCAGAAGGCGAUGCCUGUGCGUCGGUGAGGCGGGCGCAGACCGGGGCAGAUCGCGCGACGACGAGGUCGAGGAGGCGGGCGCCCCGGUGGGCGAGGGCGGGGGCACUGCGCGGACUGUCUCUUGCGCCGGCGCGACGGCGCCGUCGCGCCAGGGGUCUGACGCGUCCUCUCCCGAGUGGCUCCAACAGGCCUUCGCGGCCUCGACGGCGGCGGCACCGGUCGCGGACCGGCUGCGGUCUGCGCCUUCCCAGUCGUUCGCACACCGCGUGCUGCGCGGAACGAGUGAGACGAUGUUUCGCUUCAUCAGCGACGAAAUGCCGUCUGAACGGUCGGCGCCGCCCGAGCGCGGCGGCGCGCGGCGCGCCGAGGACCGGCGCGACUCCAGCGACGCGGGCGUCUUCCGCGUCGCGGGAUUACCCACCCUGGUGGGGGGCGGAGGCUGCGUCGCGGCCGAGGCGUCGCAGGAUGAGCCCGAAGUCGCCGAGUGCGUGACGCGCGACGUCGAUGACGACGCCGCAUCAAUCCGUGCGCAGCUGGAGCUGCCCAAGUUCCUUCUUCUCCACGCGGACGAAGUCGAGAAGAACGUGUGGCUCAUGUCCCUCGAGGGCGGAGGGCUCGAGGACCCUGGCUGGCGCGCGACGCUCGCCGGACAGAGACGCCGUUCCCUCUCCGAAGAAGCAGACGACGCGACCCGAUGCACGCAACGGCGCAACACAGUGCAGGGUGCCGCCUUCGCGCGGCCUUACCACGCGGACGCGGGGCCUGCAGGCGGGGGGCGGCACUUCAGCGACAGCGGCGAGAGGACGCGGACGCGAAGCCGAACGCUCCAUCCGCGAUUCGUCGAUGCCGACGAGGACGAAGGCGACGGCCGCGCCCUCCUCAGCGGAGGCGGCGGCGCGCCUGCACCCUGGCGGGGGCGCUCGCACAGCCUUGGCGAUUACGGCAGCUCCGCCGCGGGCGAAGACUCCGCCGAGGGACUUCCCGGCUGUCCCGCGCUUGCGAAAAAGGCGCGCUUUCCAGGGGAGCAGGAAGCAUCCGAAGGCCUGACCUCGCUCGCCGCAGCUCUCCCUGCUGCGGACAGCAAGGAAGCCGGGCACGACGCCCCAACGCGACGAGACGGCGGGGCGGCACCAGAGGCGCUCGAAGCCUCCUUUUCGGCCGGGAGCCGCGGACCCGUGGGGGGCAGCGAGCGCGAGUCUGCCGGCCCCCUCGCCCGCACGACCGACCUCGCCGCUGCGACCGCGGUCGGCGGCGAUGCUCCGCAGGAGCCCCGCGCGCCCGAAGGGACGACGCCGAGGACCGGGGGGGCGCCUGAGGCAGGCACGCGCGAGAGCGCGCGAGGUUCGCCCGCGCUUUGGCAGGAGAAGGGCGAACGCGCAGCACGCCUAAGCGGCAACCGGUUGCCUUCCUUUUUUCUGCGCAGCUCGUCUUUCGCGGGGAAUGGAGGCCGGCACGCGGCUCCCGGGUUGAGCCGCACGAGCGCGUUCCGAAGCGAGGGCCUCGUCUCGCCGGAACCGUGCGCGCUUUCUGCGUGCAAGGCCUUCCCGGCGCUGGCCUGCCCCGGGCGCGAGGCCGUGCGGUCUCCGUCGCCCUCGUUUCCAACUGAGUCAGGCAGUCUCCACAGCGCCGCAGUCCCUCAGUACGCGCCUACGUGUGCAUCGGUCCCUUCUCCGCUCCUCGGCGCCUCGGGCGCGAGGGUCGUCGUGGACACGCCGCCGCCGUCUCGUGUCGCGUCUCCCCUCCUCAUGGCCGCGCGCGCGCAGUCUCUGGGAACGCAACUCUCGCUGACCUCGUCGGCGCCGCUCGCGUUGGCGUCUCCGGGUCCCCAGGGGUCUUUUCCCGAGCUCGCCGUCCGGCGCACGCUGUCAUGUGUGGCGGUGGGGGUAGGCACGGGCGCGGGAGAGGCCCGGAGCGCGUCGGGCGCCUGGGGCGAGCGGCGCGCGGCCCUGCGGUCGUUCGCCUCGCUGUCCGACCCGCGAAGCCGCGGCCUCGGUGAAUCGCCUUUUUGCAGGUCGGCGACGGUACAGUUCGGCGGAGGCGAGCGGCGCCUCGAGCGCGGCGCGUUCCUCCGGGGCAGCCGCGUCCGGGGGUCGUCGCGCCCCUCCUCCGCGACGUGUGGGGCGUCCUCGCUGCUACUGCCGAGAGAGAACUCUGUGGAGCGUCUGGGCAUCGGCAAGCGGGGAAAAGAAGUUCUGCUGCAGCAGCAGGAGCAGUGGUUCCACCAGCAGCGCGCACUGCGGAAGCGAUUCUCCUCGCUCGCGUGCGGACGCAGCGGCUUCUUCUGCGACCGGCCGGGCGUCCUCGGCCCCCAGCCGUCGCUGUCGUCGUGGACGCGACCUGUCAAACUGAACUCGGCGCCGCCGCCCGCGCUCCAGCGGCUCUGCUCCUUCCGGGCGCUCUCGCCGCCCGCGCCCGCAUCGCGCGACUUCUCCGAGGCAUUCCUCGCGGUCGAGGGCCUGGAGGCGCCGCUGCUGCUUCGGCGACUGAAGGAGCGGAAGAAAGCCGCGGCCGAUGCGGAGAAAGUGCGCCGCGAGACCUCGCGCUCGUCUUCAACCUCCCUCUCCCUCAUCCCGUCCUACGCGUCCUUUGCCUCGCCGCAGCGCGCCUUCUCACUGCAGCGCGCGGGGGACGCAGACGGCGCGCAGUCGCCCUUCCCCUGGUGGGGGGGUCGGAGGGAGGAAGAGGAGGACGAGUUGGAGCCCGGAACGGGAUGGCGCCGAGGCGGCGGCUUCAGCCUGAGACGCUCAGUCAGCGUCCACGCACCUGCGAAGCACAGUGCGCUGACGACGGACGAGCGCGAGGACCACAGAUGGACGCUCUACCGCGGCUCCAGCGCCCGGCAGGUCGCCAACCUCUUCGGUAGAGACAAGACGCAGCUGGCUGAUGUGCUCACUGGCCUUCGAGGCGGGGAGCGAGACAGCGACGCCUGCGACAAGGCUCCUGCGGCGGGCGCUGAGCGCAGGCAAGCAGCCGAACCAGACGCCUCGGCGCGUGCAGGGGAGAGUCGCCACAGAGAGAGCGAGCGCGAGGGGGUAGGCGACACGGGGGGGGACGAGCUGCAGGGCCCCGAAGGAGGCGGUCUGCGACGAUCCGCGACUGUUCGCCUUCCGGGAGACUCUGAGGGGCCAUCAUCAUCAUGUGCCGCGUGGUCGCGAGAGAGAAGGCGCCGUUUUUCCGAGGGGGAACCAGCGCAGGGUGACGCAUUGCUCGCGUCGCCGAGCGGUCAUCCUCGGCAUGCGCUUUCGUCUCCGCCAGGCGCGCUGGCUGCUGGUUCUAGAAGCACAGGGGGAGUCUCCUUUGCUGACUCGGAGUCAGUCUCAGGCCCUCUCUCCGCCAGUGUCUCCUGCUGCACGCCCAUCUCCUCGAUGUUCUACUCUCCGCGGUCGUCCAUGACGGAGACAAGCCCUCCAGGCGUCUGCCGCGCCUCUCACCCACUGUCCGCGUCGCCCUACGGCCUCGAACGCAUUCCCUCUUCGCAGAUUUCGUCCUUCGCCUCUUCGCGCUCUUCCUCGCGUCUGCUGUCGUCUUCGCCGUCUACAUUUCUCCUUUCGCAACUAGCGGAAAAAGCUGACGAGACGGGUCUGCCGCGCGCACAGGAGGCGAGGUGCCCAGACUCGGGAGACAAAGCGGGGAGUUGGAUGGAGGAGAUGGGCGCGAAGCAGCUCUCAACUCUGUCGCGCUCCUUCUCGUCGCCGGAUCGCGGUGGAGCCCCUCGGUCAUCGGCAGAAAACCAGAGACGGGGCCUGGAGGAAGAUCGGCGGCUUUCAUCGCUUGCUGCUUCGCUUUACAGGCGGUGCAGCGAAGAGCGAAGAGGAGACGCAUGCGAGCGUGGGGACGCUUCCAGGGAAUUUGAAAGAGAGGGGGGGAGACAAGAAGCGGAAGGAGAGACCGGAGAGAAGAGAGAUGAAGCGGCGUCCGCUGGCUCCUCACUUUUCGAUGGGAAAGCGGCGGAGACGCGGCCCCUGUCGCGCACCGACGCGCGACGGGAGACGAGGUUCGAGAGCCACGAGGCGGACAAGGGUCCGGAGCCUGUGCUUGCGUCUGCUGCGUUCAAGCGGGAAAGAAAACGCGUGGCGACGCUCUCGCAGACGUCGUCUUCGCUGCCGUCGCGGAACGCCUCGCCGCCGGUCACGUCUUCAGGGGCGCGGACGCCUGCCAGGCGAGGCUCGCCUUCGCUGCACCUUUUCCGCUGGAUUUCCUCGUCUCCCUCGUCGUCUUUUUCGUCUGCGUGGCGCGUGUUCCGGAGUCUGCAGAACGAAGACGAGUGGAGCAAGAAGCGGGCGCCGCUGCUGGCGGAGUGCGAGCGCGAAGAGGAGCGCGGCAGAGAGCAAAGCGAAGAAGAAACCCGAGGAUGGAGCGGCGCCGGCGGAGCGAGAGAGGCGCCCAGCGGCCCGCGCCCGCGCAGUCGUGUCCGCUACGCGUUCACCGCCUCGCAAGAAGAGCAAGAAGAGGAUACAGAGAGCUGCAGCGACGGCAGGGCGACGCCGAGCGCGAGCGGGCAGCAUCCGCAAGGAGGACGCGCCAGCUUGCCUUCGCACCUCAACGCGCGCGCGGAGGAAGGGGAGCAAACCAAGCCGCAGGCGCCUCGUUUUUCACCUCCUCAAGCCGAACCUGCUCAGCCCUUUCCGCAGAGAAGAAGGGGGAAAAUGGCCACAGUCUGCCUGCGACCCUCAGCCGCGGCGGCUCGCGGCGAAAGAGGCGACGGCGAGCCCGAGGCAGGCCCGGCCGAGAGAGAGCAGAGGGGUGCGGGAGACCGGGGUCGCGAGACACACAAGGACGCAGACCUAGAAGAAGGAAAAGCCGUCGUCUCUCGCGUCGACCCCUAUGCGUCUCUCCCCACCAUCCAGGUGACGUUCGCAGAGGACGCAGCUGUGUCGGGCUACGAAGACGCGCUGGCUGUCGACGAGGACGUGCUGACAGGCGACCUCCUCCCGAUUAAGAUUCACGUUUACCCCACAGCGUUUCUCCGCAACAAGCAUAUCGAGUUGUCCGUCUCCAUUCUCGCGUCGGUGCUCUUGUGUGCUUGUGCCAGUCUCACGUACCAGCUCAUUUGGGGCGAAGAAAAUUGA